AUGCCCUCCGCCGUGCGACGAGUGAAGCAAUUGUGCGGGCACCUGCGACCUUGUGCUCACCCUGAAGAUGCCUGCGAAUGCUGUGCUUCCAGGCGUCAGCAACUCAAGGCGAUCGCCUGCAAGAACGAUCCGGCCACCGGCUACAGCUGGAGGGAUGUGCACGACGACCUCGAGAAAGGCAUCUAUGCUGGCAAUUAUGGCUGGGACCAUGCGGCCUACUGGGGCAUUGCCGAGGCCAAGGCGGGCGUGGACCUCAAGGAGUGGUACAAGACCCGCACCGAGGCGGAGUUCUACCUGCCUGAGUUCAAGGGGCUGAUUGAUGACCCCCAGACUCAGAGAGAUUGGGACCGCAUCAGCACCUUUGACCCCAUGGGCAUGACCGCGCAUCCACCCACCAUCGCCGCCUGCAAAGCCAAGUUGGACAUUCCCGAGCUGACGGGUUUGAAGCCUGAUGGAGUCAUCGUCUUGCCAGACAUGCAGAUCGUGACCUCCAAGUGUGCCAUCAGCUAUGCCUGGAAUCUGCCGCUGCUGGCGCCGCGCGUGGGCUUGUCUGAAGAGGAGCUCCGUCAGGCUUUGUACAAAUACUCCCACGACGAUCGCCUCCUGGACCCAAAGGUGAAGACCUAUCUUCCAGCCGUUGGGGGCCUCACGAUCUACACCUUUGGCGACGCGCGCAAGCUGAAGGACGAGAAGACCGAGGUCACCGUGCGCGUGCACGACGAGUGCAUCGGCUCCGACGUCUUUGGCUCGGACAUUUGCAGCUGUCGGCCGUACUUACUCUUUGCCAUCGAAGAGGCCGUCAAAUGUGCUCAGAGAGGCGGGGUUGGCAUUGUGAUCUACUACCGCAAGGAGGGGCGAAGUUUGGGCGAGGUCAUCAAGUUCCGCGUCUACAAUGCGCGGGUGAACCAAGAUGGCGGCGACCGUCCAGAGAUGUAUUUCCACCACACGGAGGCCAUUGCCGGCAUCCGGGACGCCCGCUUUCAGACGAUGAUGCCCGAUGCCUUGAACUGGAUGGGCAUCAGGCGCAUUGACCUCCUUUGCUCAAUGAGCAAUGAGAAGUAUGAGGCCAUCACUGGUGCCGGCAUCAAGGUGAUGAAGCGAGUGGAUUUGCCCGACGACUUCAUCAAGGACAGCAUGCGUGUGGAACUCGAUGCCAAGAUUGCCAGUGGCUAUCAUUCUGAUAAGGUCGAAGGUUCCGCAUCUGCCUAA